CCAACACUACAGCCAUUGACAGUGCGCUGCGUCAACUUCACUCCGGUUAACUUUCACUUUCCGUUCUGGUCUCUCUGUCUCUUUGUCCCACACGCAGAACAGAUUUAACCUCUCUCAUUUGUCGUGUCGUGUGUCAUUUGUUAACACACUUUCGUUGUCAGGUCAUGGCUGAUAUCCCGAUAAAUAAGAUGGUGAGUGCCCUAGAAGAAGAAGACGGAGAAUUGGAGGAGGCUAAGAAAGAGCUGGAGACCUGGAAGACUAAAGCAGAGAAAGCUGAUGAUGUGAAAGCCAGGCUGAUCUUGGAAAAACUGAAAGAAGAUGAAGCCAAGGACAAGGCCAUGAAGGAGUGUUUGGCUUGUGUCGAAAAAGAAAAGGAUUGUGAUUUCACUCAAAGCAUGAAAGCAGUUCAGGAGGAAAUCCUGAACCUUGGUAACCGCAGACAGGCUUUGCUGGACAAACUGAAGAGAUGUCAAACUGAGCUGGAGGCCAAGAGGGCAGAAUCCACAAAACUGAAACACAAAUUUAAGAUUUACGCCCAGAUUCCAGACAUAGAGGUGAACUACCGGACUCAGUAUGAAGAGCAGAUGGGGGACGGCAGUCAGCCAAUCAGUGGACGGUACCUCAUUAGCCAGAGAGCCUCUGUGCAUCUGCAGGGAGGACAGGCCCUCAUCACCUUUGAGGAAGAGAAAGUGGCCUCUCAGAUCCUGAAGAUACCCAAGUGCUCCGUGUCCUGUGAGCACAGCAGUGUGGAUGUCAAACCAAGAAGAAUAGCUAUGAAUCCUGCUGUGAAGUUUGAGGUGAUCCUCGAUGUUUCCAGAAAGGAGGUCGAGGUUCACAACAUCCCCCCUUCCAUGCCAGAGGACAGAAUGAAAGACCGACUUGGGCUGAGUUUCUGCAGGCCCAGCAGAGGGGGGGGCGAGGUGGAGAGGGUGAAAUACGAUAAGAACACUGGGUCAGGACAGAUCACCUUUCUCCACCCUGGAGUUGCUGAUGGCCUGGCCCUGAGAGGGAGCUACCGACUGGAUCUGGAUUCUGAAGUGAACGUGCAGGUUGGACCCGUUUACAGUCACCAGCUGCUCAGGUUCCAGACCUUCUGUGGCUCUCCCAAGCGAACUGUCCUACUGGAGGACAUUGAGGACAAGGAGGAGGAGGAGGACCUGCAGGACCACCUGGAGAUCCACUUCCAGAAGCCCAGUAACUACGGCGGAGAGAUAGAGAGCAUUAGAUACCUCUCGGGGGGGAAGGCUCUGCAGGCCUUCUUCUGUGAGGACCCACUGUAACUCCUACAUCUGCAACAUUUGCGCACAUAUCUGUCUUUAUGAUUGUUUGAUAUACAAAAUCAUAUUUGCAAUAUGAUUGAAUAUGAAUAUAUUAUGGAAAUGUCACUCUUUUGUUUUCCUGCUGAGCAUAAGAUGAAAAUAUGUUGUGAUUUAAUCUCUGUGCAUUCAAUAGAGGGUAUGCACUUAAAUAAAUCAUAUAAUAUAUAUUAUCAUACAUGAAUAACCCAUGGUGAAGGUGUUAAGAUUGUGUUACAGUAAGGCCUAGUCUGCAUGUUGACUGUAUUUGUGUAAAAAGGGUUUUCCCUACUUUCGCAAAUAAAAGUGUAAGAGUCU